AUGGUGGUGACCAGGUCCAGGAGGCCUCAGGCCACGAUCCAAGCCACGUUGGCUGAAAACUCCCAACAGAAUUCUGCUAAAAGAAUUCAUGCACAUCGAAAAGUCAGGAAGGAAUGUCUACCUGUUGACCCAACUACUGCUGAAUCGCAAACCACUAGGAAACAAAGUCCAGUCUCUAGAACUCCUAAAACCAGAAAGAGGAAGAGCGGAACUACAGUCUCAUUAUCCGAAAUGAACAAACCAUGUACUGAUGGAGAGACCUCUGAAGCAGAGUCAAAUUGUUCUUCCGUGUCUGAGCUCCAGGAUCCUAUUUUAAGAGUAACUAGGAGACGGCAGAUCUUAGUUGCAUGCACUCCAGUGUCCAGUGUUUGGAAAAGGCUGAAAAUAACUCCAAUAAAUCAGUCUCGUAUUGAAGAAGACAACGACGAUGACUCUGAAGCUGAAUCACAUGUCUCAGUUAUUUCUAGAAUUGUGCCGCCCACAGUAAUAACUACAAGGACCAGAAGAAGUAAGGCUAAACCUGUAAGAGAUCCAAACCAAGAAUUAUAUUCAGAAGCUAUUUCUGAUGCUGAGUCAUCAUACCCAGACAUUUCUUCAUUUUCCGGAGUUGCAACUAUAAGAACAAGAAGUAUGCAGAAGUUACAUGCACAAACUGAGGAGAAAGAUAUUAACAUUGUACCAGAAAAUGAAAAGCAGAUCAUAAAUGUGCCUAUGAAUUCAGAGGAUUCAGAUACCAAACAACGUUUACUGGUAAGAUCUCUUCCUCAGAUAAAUAAGCCAAAUUUCUAUAAUGAAAUUCAUAAUGACUUCGAUGAUGAUUCCUUCCACAGAAAUUCAGGAAACCUCCUGCUCGUGCAUAAAAAGGCCAAUGUUGCACCUCUCAAAGAAAUAACAAAGCAGGAUAGUAAGAAUUUAGAUGAAGAAACCAAGGGAAUAGUAGAUGAGGAAAAAGAAAUAAAUAAGAAAAAUUCUCAGUUGGAGAGCCUUUCCGAACCUCAGGACACUGGCAUUCAGCGGUUAGUUUCUCAAAGGCAUUCAACCCCCCAAAAUAAUGAGACCACAUCAGAGCCCUCACAUCUGAACUGUGAGGCUAUAAUGAAAUCAUUAGCUCAAUCAUUUGCAGUGGUAGAAGUGGACAGAUGGAAUGAAGAGAGAAAGAGCACCAUAAAAACAAGUGACUUGACAGAAUUUGGUGAUAGUGGUAGUGAUGAAGAAGAGUGUACUGUUACAGGUAUCAGUGAAGACAGGAAUGAAGGAAGGGAUGUGGAUUUUGAGUGUGAAACCAAACUAUUCAAGUCUGAGCCCCAUACAUCCCUGGACAAAGGUGAUUCUGUUUUAUUAGUUCUCAUCAGUGAUGAAAGCCAGCAGUCUGAAAAUAGUGAGAAUGAAGAGGACACUCUGUGUUUUGUUGAAAAUAAUGGUCAAAAGGAAUCAUUAAAUGGAGAAUGAGGAAAUAUGUCAUGUGACAAUGCAUUGUUUGUAAUUGACACAACUCCUGGAUUGAGUACUGAUAAACAUUUUUACUUGGAUGAGGGAGACAAGGCAAGUGAGGUUGCCAUUGAGGAAGAAAAAGAGGAGGAAGAGGAUGAAAAAAGUGAAGAACCAUCAGACCAUGACAGAAACAAAGAUAGUGAGUUUAGUGAUGAAGACGACUUACUAAAUAGCACAAAGUCUAAACUUCUGAAGUUGACAAGCAGCAGCGUAGACCCUUGUAUGAGUAUCAAGCAGUUGAGUGGUUUGUAUAUUAAUUUCAAUGCAGACAAACUACAGUGGAACAAGAGAACCCUAACACAGAUCAAGGAGAAAAAGAAAAACGAGCUUUUGCAGAAAGGAGGCUGUGUGCUUUGGAAAAAAGGGGUAAUAACAAUAGUGAUCUAA